AACUGAGGCCAGGGUAGUCACUUUCGUUUCCUUAUAACUUAAGUUAUUUUAGUUCGUUUCUGAACUCGUACAAGAAAGAUGUUCUUAACCAGCUGUCAAUCCACGUAGUUUGCAGUCGACUGCGCAUUGGCAUUGCUGAAUUGUGCCGAUCAAUUUGGCGCAUAUUCUUCAUAGAGUUCCCCCUCAAGACUUCCUGGUUACUGCACUGAAACAGCCACCAGAUGGCAGAGGCAAUAGUGGAGGAAAAUGUAUACCGCGAAGCUGAGAUUCCCGAGGCCCCUCGCAAUGGAAUUCUGGAGGAGCCAGGACAAGCAGCCGAGGCCAACAUCCAGGAGCAGGUGGAAGAAUUCCUUGGCCCUCACCCAGACUAUGAUGAAGAGGAGGAGGAGAGGAAGUACUACCGGAGGAAGAAGUGGGGCGUGGUGAAAAAUGUGGCUGGGGCGAGUGUAGCCGGCAUGAUCAUAUACAGCGUGUAUUUGGGCCUGUUACAAAUGCAGCUGAUUCUGCACUAUGAUGAGACCUACAGAGAGGUGAAGUACGGCACCUUGGGCCUGGAGGACAUUGACAACAAGAUGCUGAUGGGCAUUAAUGUCACACCCAUCAUCGGCCUCCUGUACACCCCUGUGCUUAUCAGGUUUCUGGGCACAAAGUGGAUGAUGUUUUUGGCUUCUGGAAUCUAUGCUCUUUUCGUUUCGACCAAUUACUGGGAGCGAUACUACACCCUGGUACCAUCAGCGGUUGCUAUUGGUGCAGCUAUAGUUCCACUAUGGGCUUCUCUCGGGAACUAUAUCACAAGAAUGGCCCAGCAAUACUAUGAAUUCAAAAACUACAAGGAGGAGCACGUUCAGGAGCAGAAGAAGCCGCCUAAAGGGGCCUACAACCGCUACAUCGUAAUCUUCCAGACCGUCUUCUACAUCAUCUUCCAUCUCUCCUUUGUCUUUGCUGAGUUCCCCAUGGCCUUCUUCCUCAAUUACCAUCUGCAUGAGCCCAGUCAUGUCCUCUACAACGUCAAGACCUGUGGUGCUACUAGCCAUGGCAUAAUCCCAGACCUGAACAAGACGGUGUUGUCCAACUUGCCUCGUUCCCUGGUGCUGAUAGAAGUGGAGAGCGUCCUCAUGGGAGCUGCCUUUCUAGCCAUGGUCAUUUUGCUGGUGCUGUGCGGAGCUGCCUACCGGCCCACGGAGGAGAUCGACCUGCGCAGCAUCGGCUGGGGCAACAUCUUCCAGCUGCCCUUCAAGCACCUGCGUGACUACCGCCUGCGCCUGCUGUGCCCCUUCUUCAUCUACUCAGGGUUCGAGAUGCUCUUCGCCAUCAAUGGGAUCAUACUGUCGUAUGGUGUGUGCUCGGUGGGCCUGAAGAGCCUGUGGCUGCUGGUGCUGGUGUACGGCCUGUCCUCCUCCAUCUGCUCCCUGCUGUCGCUCAGCCUGCUGAGGGUGCCGCGCCACUUCACCCUGCUAGGGGGCGCCGUGCUGCAUAUGGGCAUCAUCGUGGCGCUCAUGUGCUGGUCUCCAAAGCCCCAGAACAAGGAGGUCAUGAAGGACGCGCCAGGCCCAAUGCCCUGGCUGCUGUUGCUGAUCGCCCUGUGGGGCCUGGGCACCGCGCUGAACAAGACCAGCCUCAGCACUAUACUUGGUAUGCUGUAUGAGGACAAAGAAAGACUGGACUUUGUCUUCACCAUCUAUCACUGGUGUCAAGCCAUAGCAAUCUUCAUAGUUUACCUGUGGUCAAACCUGGCAAUGCGGGCGAAGCUGUCCAUCCUCCUCCUCACGUUGCUCCUGGCGAUGUUCUGCUACUGGCGCAUGGAGCGCAAGCUGGCCAAAAAGGAUCAGCCCCGGCUGCCUCGCAUUCCACGACCACGGCACAAGGUGAAGGGCUACCGCUAUCUGGAGGAGGAGAACUCGGACGAGUCGGACUCGGAGUUCAGCGGCGACGAGGAGCACGAGGACGGCCAUGAUGAUGAGGAGGGACACGGCACGGAGGAAGAGGAGGUGCUGGCCGAAGCCGUCGUCAGACCGGACGGAGACGCCGUGUCCAUCGGCUCCCAGGAUGCACCUGUGCCGCGUGGUCGUCGACGGCGCCAUGACGACGCCUAUGAGCAGGCAGGUGUCGGAGAAGAGUACGCUCAGCGCAUGUGACACAGGAAAUAGAGGCAGGAAUAGCAUCACAGGACCAAGAUAGGAAGGAAACCAUUAGGAGGGAAAAUGUAAAGGGAAAGGUUGACCUAUUUUUUUAAAAGCAUGCUGAAGUGGAAACUGAUGUGAGAGUUGCAGUGGAGAAGUGAAGACCGUGGUUCUUUGAAACAGGAAGUCUAAAAGGAGAAGUAAAGCAAGACAGGUGCACAGGGAGGAUUGUUUCCAUGGUGAUGCUUGAACCUCAUUUAAGUUUUUCAGAGGUUGUGGUAAUAUGUUCCUUCUCCAGAAAGUUUCUGAAGUGUGUGUACACUUUUGUCCGUGAUGUGUAAAUCAAGGUUUGACAUUUCACAUAUUUGUAUAUGUUGCUUCUUCUGAAAAUACAUUUUAGUGUUGUGGGUAUCGACGGUACAUGAUCAUUUUUAUAUUUUUUUAUGCUGAAGUUGUUUUGAAUGAUAAUUGAUCUGAAAUAAAAUGAUGUAAUUUAUGCAUAAUAGUGAAAUAUUCUCUUUUGUAGUUGUUCGUAAAAUUACAAACACUCAGUAAAGAAAAGUUAAAUGCAGUAUUCAUUCAGUCAUAUCAAUAUUUAAUAGGACAACUAAAAUCUAGUGUAAAACAUACAGUCACACGUAAACACACAAAUAAAAUCAC